AACAUUUGAAAAUCUGGAUUUUCUGAAUUCUGUUUUUUGGUUUUUUUUCGUAAUCAAUUGCGUGCCGAAGACUAUAGGGAGGAAGUGAUAAGACAGCAAUGUUCGUCAAAAAUGAAAGCAAAGCAAUUGAGAAAACCUUGCAAUGAAUGCAGCAACUGUUCUCUAUUCAACUGUGAUUCUUUUUUCCGUUUUAUAAUCUGUGCAUCCAGCCAUGGUUUGCCCGUUGAUUUGUUCCAGACUACAGAAUGAAAACUGGAAUUCAACUGAAUACAAUUGUCAGUUGUAAGCUGAUGUGGCUACUGGCCUUACUGAAAAAAAGCCCAAGUGUGAAAUGACUGAAUCCAAGCUGUGAUUGUAAUACUUUGCAAUUGAUGAUCAACUUUGAUAGGUCUUUGCAGUUUGGAUUUUUCCCAGAUAAUCUGCAAAUCCCUGCAUUAUUUAAUAUUCAUGAAUAUCUGCUUGAGAAAAAAAGAAUGUGAAGGAAAAUAGAAAAAAAGACAAUUUCUUUUAGACGACAGCUGGCAGCCAAUCUAUGAUUAGAUGUUUAAAUUCAGAAGCUGUUUUAAAGAUUAUAACAUGGUUUUGACUAAUAACGAUCUACUGAAAGUACUGGACAUCUUUUAAUUCAGCUUUGGACACUGUCAAUAGGCUAGCCGUCUUGAUUGUUUUAUGUAAUGACCUAUUUAAAAUAUAAUUCACACUCUGCUUCCAAGUUGAACAGCAGAUUGAAGUAUGUCUAAUCUUCUCUGGAAAAGAUAAUUAUCAGCUGUUUUUAUAGCUCUGGAGAUAGGAAAGGGUGAUUUUCUUGGAAACAGAAAUCAAUCUUCUAAUACAGUCUCACUCAACUUUAUCCUCAUAUCGAACUAAUUAACACCGACUUAUCUUUAUAGUAUCACUAUUUUUCCUUUCUUUCUUGUUUUGGGACAUUACUUAUAAUUGCAAAAUUAGCAAAUGUGCAAACAAAUGUCCUCUGGGAUGUACCUUUCUAUUUAUUUUGUAUACUCCAUUUGGGGUCUUUCUCAAGCUUUAAGAACAUUAAAUUAUACAAUUUCAGAAGAACGAGGAGCAAGGGCUGUUAUUGGCAAUAUUAACAAUGACGCUCACCUAGACUUACCAGAGAAAGGGAAGAAAACUAAUUUUAGAGUGUUGGAGAAUUCUGCCCCACAGUUGCUGGGCGUGGAUCAGGAUAAUGGGCUGUUGUACACAAAACAGCGCAUUGACCGGGAGACACUAUGCCGCAAAAGUCCUAAGUGUCUGAUUUCCCUAGAGGUUUUUGCGAAUGAUAAAGAGAUAUGUAUGAUUAAAGUGGAAAUAUUGGACAUUAAUGAUAAUCCGCCUACUUUUCCGUCUGAGCAGAUUGAUAUUGAUAUUUCAGAAAAUGCAUCACCUGGAACACGGUUUCCCCUGACAACAGCACAAGAUCCAGAUUUAGGAGAUAAUGACUUGAAAAAUUACAUGAUUAUGCAGGGUGAUUCUAGUUUGUUUUCUUUGGAUAUAAAAUCCAGAAGUGAUGGUACAAAAGUUCCUGAACUUGUUAUUCAAAAAUCCCUAGACAGAGAGGAGCAGUCUCAUCACAAACUCAUUUUGAUUGCUGUUGACGGAGGUAAUCCUCCCAAAUCAGCCACUAUGCUAAUAAAUGUCAAAGUUAUAGAUUCCAACGACAACAGUCCAGUUUUUGAAGCAAAAUCUUAUACUGUGGAUAUUGCAGAAAAUUCACCUUUAGGUAAAGUUAUUAUUGAUCUUAAUGCUACCGAUGCAGAUGAAGGCUUGAAUGGGGAAAUUAUGUACUCAUUUAGUGGCUACGCUUCAGAUCGAGUCUGGGAACUUUUCUCAAUUGACUCUAAAAGUGGUUUGAUACAAGUAAAAGGCAACUUAGAUUAUGAAGAAAAUGGGCUCAUUGAAAUUGAUGUACAGGCAGAAGAUCAAGGGCCCAAUCCUAUACCUGUGCACUGCAAAAUAACCGUUAAGGUUACUGACAAAAAUGAUAAUAGUCCAUCAAUUAGUUUUGUAUCAGUUCGUCCAGGAGCAAUUAGCGAGGCCUCUCUCCCUGAUACAGUCAUUGCAUUAGUCAGAGUUACUGAUAAAGACUCUGGGAAAAAUGGACAAUUGCAGUGCAGAGUUCUUGGCAACGUACCUUUCAAGCUUGAAGAUAAUUAUGACAAUUUCUAUACUGUUGUAACAAGCAGGCCCCUUGAUCGUGAGAUACAAGAUGAAUACAACGUAACCAUAAUUGCCAGAGAUAAUGGCAGCCCUCCUCUUAAUUCCACAAUAUCUUUCAUUGUAAAAAUUUUGGAUGAAAAUGACAACCCACCGCGUUUCUCUAAAGCUAUGUAUGUGUUGAAGGUUUCAGCAAACAACAUUCCUGGGGAGUAUUUAGCGACUGUCUUGGCACAUGAUCCAGAUUUAGGGCAGAAUGGUACUGUUUCUUACUCAAUCCUUCCAUCAUAUAUUGAUGGUGUUUCGGUGUACACUUAUGUGUCUGUAAAUCCCACAAAUGGAGCAAUUUAUGCUCUUAGGACUUUCUAUUAUGAACUUACAAAAUAUUUUGAAUUUAAAGUUCUUGCAAAAGAUUUAGGUUUCCCUCCUUUAGAAAGUAAUACAACCGUUAAAGUGGUUAUACUAGAUGUUAAUAAUAAUGCACCAGUCAUUGUUUUGCCGACAUUGCAGAAUGAUACAGCAGAGAUCCAUGUACCUCGAAAUGUUGGCAUGGGACACAUUGUAAGCACAGUAAAAGCAAUGGAUAUUGAUUUUGGAGAAAGUGGCCGACUGACAUAUGAAAUUCUCCAUGGGAAUGAAGACCAUCUCUUUGACCUAGAUCCUGUAACCGGAGAGAUAAGGCUUCUAAAUCCCUAUUGGGAGGAUAUCACUCCUGUAGUAGAGCUGAUUGUCAAAGUAACAGACAAUGGAAAACCAUCACUUUCAACCAUAGCAAAGCUCGUAUUAAAAACAGAUGCUGCCUGUUUUCCAGAAGGAGAGACAAGUUUGUCUGAAGACCACAAGGACUGGGAUGUUUAUUUACCUGUUAUUAUUACUCUAAUCACCAUUUCUAUUUUACUGCUUGCUGCAAUGGUCACCAUUAUUGUUAAGUGCAAAAAGGAAAGUAAAGAAUUAGGCCUAUACAACAGAAAAGCAGAACCGCCGUAUGUGAAAAGAAAAAAGAAAAAACUCAACAAAAAUGACAUAAUGUUGGUGCAGAGUGAGGUAGAAGAAAGGCAUGCAAUGAAUGUCGUGAGUAGUCCAUCACUUGUGACAUCACCAAUGUAUUUUGAUUAUCAAACCAGCUUGCCCCUGAGUUCUUCCCAUUCAGAAGUGAUGUAUCUGAAGCCAACCUCUGAUAAUCUGACUGUUGCCCAUGGAAAUGUAGGAUGUCAGAGCACUUUGACAGGAGCAGUUGUGAAUGACGUUGAGAGCACUUCAACAUGGAUAGCGAUACCACAGACAGACAAUUUCCCCACCGAGCCCAAUUACAUGGGCAGUAGACAGCAGUUUGUUCAAAGUAGUUCAACCUUUAAGGACCCGGAACGAGCCAGCCUGAGGGACAGUGGCCAUGGAGAUAGUGAUCAAGCUGAUAGUGAUCAAGAUACCAACAAAGGUUCCUGCUGUGAUAUGUCUGUAAGGGAAGCACUUAAGAUGAAAACUACUACAGUUAAAUGUCAGUCACUGGAGCAAGAUCCCUGCUGUAAAAAUGUGGAUCGAUGUAAUGCAAAGUCUGUAUGCAAGACUGUAUGCACAGAGCAAGAGGAAUGCAUAAACUGCACAGAUGAAUGCAGAGUGCUUGGGCAUUCCGAUCGGUGUUGGAUGCCACAGUUCCCCACCACAAACCCAGUUGAAAAUGCUGAUUAUCGCACAAAUCUCUUUGUUCCAACUGUUGAAGCUCACGUUGAGACUGAAACAUAUGAAACUGUGAACCCCACUGGAAAAAAGACAUUUUGUACAUUUGGAAAAGACAAACGAGAGCACACCAUUCUCAUUGCCAAUGUUAAACCAUAUUUAAAAGCCAAGCGUGCCCUGAGUCCUCUGCUUCAAGAGGGUCCCUCUGCAUCAAGCAGCCCUACCAAGACAUGCAUUGAGCCUUGUGCCUCAACUAAGGGACCUUUGAAUGGCUGUGAAAUAAAAUCAGGAGUCUUGGCAGAAACAACUAACCCUUACCUAUCUUCUGACAGUCAGUUCAUAUCACCUACUAAACAGACAAAAGACCCCCAGUAUAUUGCAUCAGAUCCAAUGGCUCGUGUAUUUGCUGACGUGCAUUCCAGAGUAAGCCGAGACUCAAGCGAGAUGGACGUUGUUUUGGAGCAGUUGGAGCAUUCAAAUCGUGAUAUGGGCCGAGAGUCAGUCGAUGCUGAGGAAGUUGUGAGAGAAAUUGACAAGCUUUUACAAGACUGUCGAGGAAGUGAACCUGUGGCUGUAAGAAAGUAGACGGAACAGAAAGACUUGUUGUAUUUGCCUUUUCCCAGUAAAAUAAAUAUUUUGUCCUGGGUACAGCACAUUGGCAGGGGAGCUAAAACACUGAUGCUGCUUUGUGACUACAUGAGAACAGUUCAAGUGCCCCACAACCUUUUCUGUGAUUUUACUUUGUCUACUAUUACACUGGCUUUAUUUUGACAAAAAAAUAAUCCCUUGGACAAAGUCAAGGAAACAUUGUGGUGAAAUUUGACAAUCUGGUAUAAAAGGGAACAGGACUAUGGAGUUUUGCAACUUCGUACUGUAGUAGAUGCUGACUUUCUGUUUGCUGGAGAAAAAAAAAACCAACCCAAUGAAUUAACAGGGUUAACUAAUUUAAGGGUGGAUUUUAAGCAAGCGUCAGUAGCGUCUAAUUAAAAUCCCAACUAAUUUUGCUGUAGUCCUAGCUGCACCAAACAUCAACACCCAUUUGUGGAAUCCAUUUUCUACAUAAAUGAAAAACAUUCCAAAACAUUUUCAAUAAAAAAAAUCAGUCAUUUAGUGCAUUUCCAUGACACACAUAGUAAUAUAUAAAAUUAUAUAGUCAAUUUAUUGUGUCCUGCACAUGCAUACGCUAAUUCACUUUAUGUAAAAUGAACAAAAGUGUUGAAUAAUAAGAAUUUUAGUGUCCUACAAAAAUAUAUACACAGAUAUUUG